CCGUCUCACUGACGCGCUGCUGAAGAUAAAAUGGAAAAGCAAGAGACACUUGUGCCGACUCAAUCGUUCCCAAUGCCGCCAUCGGACCAGCUUGUUGAUGAUGAACAAGGCGUCAUUGACCCCGAAGUCUACUUUCAGAUGAAUAAACCUCCCGCUAACUUGCCCGAAUUCGAAGCUAAGCUCACCGCAUUCGUCGACUAUCAUCAAAAACUCGGCAACCGUCUCGUGUUCAUCACCAGUGGAGGAACUACUGUGCCGUUAGAAAACCAGACAGUUCGAUUUAUCGAUAACUUUAGUAACGGUAACCGCGGUGCUGCGUCCACCGAGUAUUUCCUCGAAGCCGGUUAUGCCGUCGUAUUUCUGCAUCGCCAAUUCAGCGUCGAACCCUUUCACCGUCAUUUCACCCAUAACGCCAACACGGGCUUCCUCGACUAUCUCAGUCCUAACGCCGAUGGAUCCGUAUCGGUGAAAGGUGAAUAUGCUUCGAAAAUGCACGAGGUGUUGGAAAAGUAUCAAAAGGCCAAAUCAGAGAACAAGUUACUCUUUCUUGAUUUUGUCACCUUGGCCGAUUAUCUGUACAAGCUCAAGUCAGGCAGCCGGAUUCUGGCCCGACUCGAAGAUAAGGCCAUGUACUAUUUGGCCGCAGCUGUCAGUGAUUUUUUCAUCCCGUCCGAGAAAAUGGCGGAACACAAAAUUCAGUCGCGCAGUGGUGCAUUGACGCUGACAUUGGACCAAGUGCCCAAAUUUUUGAAGCCGUUGGUGAGUGUUUGGGCAAGCAAGGGAAUGAUUGUCUCUUUCAAGUUGGAAACGGAUACCAACUUGCUGGUACCUAAAGCCCGUCAAGCAUUAACGCGAUACGGCCAUCAAGUCGUUGUUGCCAAUAUGCUCAAUACACGUAAACAGAGAGUGACCGUGAUUACCAAGAGUUCCGAGAAACCUCUGUCGCUCACCCCGGAAGAGCUCGCUCAAGGUGCCGAAAUCGAGAGUCAGAUAAUACCAGAACUUGUGCAGAUCCACAACGGUUGGAUCAAAUCAGACGCUACCGAAGCUCACAGCUCCUCUUUCACCUCAUAGAAAAAACCCCGUCAGCACUCAAUCAACCCUUUGUGAAGCUGCGGGAAAUCUUGAAGAAAAAAAAAAUCAAAACAACAUAGAUACAACAUAUUGUAAACCACUCACAGUUUCUUCAUCGUGUUAUUGGCAGCAUUAGUAAUAUAUUCGUCGAUAAAAACCUCCUCUGUAGAAAAAAAAAAUGUAAUGGUAUCCCAUUUUCCGACCUUGCAUUAUCUUC